AGCUCUUGGAAACCAAGAGGAGCUUUAAAAAGACAUUUCUCCUGAGGGGCAGCUGCUUUCCCAGCCCAGCAGGGCUGAGGGCUCUGUCUGCAGGUAUCUGAGAGCAGUGAAGCAAGCAGAGACUCAAGGAAAGUGGAAGGACAAUUCUGUGCUUCUUCGUGGAGAAAUGUUCACCACUUGUGACAGGGUUGGAAUGUCCAGACACAGCAAAUGUCCAACAGCAGCUCCAUCAGCCACUUCCUCCUGCUGCCAUUGGCACACACGCGGCAGCUGCAGCUCCUGCACUUCUGCCUCUUCCUGGCCAUCUCCCUGGCUGCCCUCCUGGCCAACGGCCUCAUCAUCAGCGCCGUAGCCUGCGGCCACCUCCUGCACAGCCCCAUGUUCUUCUUCCUGCUCAACCUGGCCCUCAGCGACCUGGGCUCCAUCCUCACCACUGUCCCCAAAGCCAUGCACAAUUCCCUCUGGGACACCACGAACAUCUCCUAUGAAGGAUGUGCUGCACAGGUGUUUUUCUUUGCUUUUUUCAUUGCAUCAGAAUUUGCCUUUCUCACCGUCAUGUGCUACGACCGCUACGUGUCCAUCUGCAAACCCCUGCACUACGGGACCCUCCUGGGCAGCAGAGCUUGUGCCCACAUGGCAGCAGCUGCCUGGGCCAGUGCCUUUCUCAAUGCUCUGCUUCACACAGCCAAUACAUUUUCCCUGCCUCUAUGCCAGGGGAAUGCUGUGGACCAGUUCUUCUGUGAAAUCCCACACAUCCUCAAGCUUUCCUGCUCACACUCCAAACUCAGGGAACUUGGGCUUCUUGUCAUCACUUUCUGUUUAGCUUCUGGGUGCUUUGUGUUCAUGGUUUUCUCGUAUGUUCAGAUUUUCAGGGCUGUGCUGAGGAUCCCCACUGAGCAGGGACGGCACAAAGCCUUUUCCACCUGCCUCCCUCACCUGGCCGUGGUCUCCCUGUUCCUCAGCACUGACACAUUUGUCUACCUGAAGCCCCCCUCCAUCUCCUCCCCAGCAAUGGACUUUGUGGUUUCAGUUCUCUACUCGGUGGUGCCUCCUGCCCUGAACCCCUUCAUCUACAGCCUGAGGAACCAUGAACUCAAGGAAUCUCUCAGGAAAGCCAUGACUGGAUGCUUUUCAGACUUUCCAUUUUCCCAUAACUGCUGUCCCAGUGCUUUGCAUUGGGAGACAGAAAGGAGCUGGAAACACACCCCUGGUUUGGCUCCUGCUGCGCAGGGCUGGCACAGCAUCAGUGUUGUCUCCCAGCAUCCCCCCUCCAUGCAGGGGCUGCGAGUGGGUAAGGUCCUGGGGAGGGACACAGCCAUGCCAGUGACCCAAAAUAACCAAAGGGAUAUUCCAGACCGUAUGACAUUAGUUUCUGUAAAAAAUCUAAGGAAGGAGGAGGAAUAGGGGGCAUUCCCUAUUUACAGUGUCUUUCUUCUUGAUCAACCACUCCUCCUGCUGAAGUCCUGCUUCCUGGGAAGUGGCUGAAUAUCACUUGCUGAUGGGAAGUAGAGAAUAAAAUUUUGGGGUUUUAUUCUCGUAACCAGUGCAUGUAAAACAUUUUUAUUUUUUCUAUAGAAAUUUCCUUUAUCUAAAAACACAAGUUGUCUUCCAUAGUAUUUUCUCUCCCCUGUCCAGCCAAGGAGGGGAGUGCUAGAGUUGCUUGGUAGGCACAUGGACUCCAGCAGAGGGAACCCACCAAAGGAAUCCACAGAGCCUGCUUUCCUCUGUCAGCAGCUCCCAAUGCACACCAUGAAAGGCCAAGUCUGCCCUUAUAUAUAUUUUCAAUUUUUUCUGCUUCUGUUUUGUUACAUUAAAAGAAAUGCUAUUAAUCACGCCCUUCAACCAAAUUAUCCUUCCUUCUUUUGUGAUCAAGAGACAUUGUGUAAGCCAGGAGACUCACGUUGUAUUUAUGUGAAAUAAAUGAACCUGCAACCACUUGUUUAAAUUUUUCUACUAUCUUCAUCCGAACAGGAAUGACCAGAAAUGGGCACAGCUUUGUGGCUGCCCCAGCUUUGGGC